CGGUACCCGGGUGGCUGAAAAUUUAACCUAAGCACCAAUGGAAUGGUCGCAAAUGUACUACCUCCACUCAUCCUGGACACCGGGGCAUGCAAAACGAACAGACCCAUUGGGACAACAGGCGUACAUUUUUACUCAUUUAUUUUACGUUUAAAUUAGCAAAUACCAGCACUGCAAUGGCAAUUGACUGGCUUGGAUUUGGCUACGCUGCAGCCAUAGUCUUUGGGGGAUUCAUGGGAUACAAGAAAAAAGGUAGUGUCAUGUCACUGAUAGCUGGGCUAUUGUUUGGCAGCAUAGCCGCCUAUGGGGCCUUCAUGAUUUCAAAUGACCCAACCAAGACUUUCUACUCCCUCGUUGCCUCAGGAGCGCUGACAAUAGUAAUGGGAAUGAGAUUCAAGAAAUCUGGUAAAAUAAUGCCAGGUGGUAUCAUGGCAGGACUAAGUGUGCUGAUGGUCCUACGACUUCUCUUCAUGAGUGUCAUUGUAAUGUGAUUUGAACAAUACAACAACCAACUAAAGCAAGAUGGAAAAUGUCAUCACAAGGGAUGAAUUUGCAUUUGCACAUUGUUUGUGCUUGCCUAUAUGUAUUAUUGUAAUCAUCCUUAAUGUUUGUACGUUCUUUAAAGAACUUGAUCCUGCAACCUAUGAUCAUAUUACUGCUUUUAUGUAAUUCCUAAAGUAUGCAGCACUGGGGCAAUGAGUGCACAUACACAAUGACUAAAUGCUAUGUGAAUGGUGAGUAAAAAGGUUGUUACAGUGCCUUGCAAAAGUA